GUAACGUCACAUCCUGAGGUCAUAAUGGCGGCUCACUGCAUGUGAAGGAGACCAAGAAGGAAACCGGCUUUAUUUUGACCAAAGAUCAUGUAUAAGACGCAAUGUAGUCGGCUAACAGGUUUGUUUGGUGUAAACAUAAAGCAAAAAUUGGUGGGAUGUGGUCUGCGAUGCAUGCAGACAGCCCGCAGCCGCGUUCUGCUGCACAGGAGAGAACCGUCACACUGGAUGACCUAUCAACACCUCAACUUCCUCAAACGGCAGUAUGUGUCCAAGAACCCGGCUGAGCUUCAGCAGCGUGCCGUCCCUAAACAGGUGCUUGCCGACGUGGACGACAACGGCGGCGAAGAGAGGCAGGUCCAAAGAAUCCCGACGAUCGAGCCCACGGUGCAGGACUUGUCCAAAUCUGAGGUCGCUGAGGAAACAUCCAACCCGGCGACGACCUCAAAGGAGACGCCCCACGUGCAGGUGGAGACAGACGAAGCUCGAGAUGCGCGUCUGGACCGACAGUGGAAGCAAAUGAAAGUGGAAGCGGCCGACCUGCCCGACAUCUACGCCCGAUUGGCCAAAAUCAAACUCACGGCGCUUGUGGUGACCACGGCGGCGGCUGGUUAUGCAAUGGCGCCGGUGCCCUUUGACCCCGCCAUCUUCUUGGUAACAUGUCUGGGGACAGGACUCGCCUCUAGUGCCGCCAAUUCCAUCAACCAGUACUUCGAGGUGCCUUUUGACUCCAACAUGAACCGAACCAAGAAUCGUCCACUAGUCCGAGGACAAAUCAGCCCCCUCCACGCUGUCACUUUUGCGUUGGCGUGCGGCGUGCCCGGCGUUACGCUGCUGACUUGCGUCGUCAACCCUUUGACGGGUUUCCUGGGCGCCCUCAACAUUUUGCUGUACACGUGUUGCUACACGCCGCUCAAGAGGCUCACCAUCGCUAACACGUGGGCUGGUUCCGUGGUGGGCGCCAUACCGCCCAUCAUGGGCUGGACGGCCGCCACGGGCUGCCUGGGCCCAGGUGCCUUGCUGCUGGGCGGCUUUCUAUACAGCUGGCAGUUUCCACACUUCAACUCUCUCAGUUGGAACCUGAGGGAGGACUACUCGCGCGGCGGCUACCGCAUGAUGUCAGUCACGCACCCGGCAUUGUGCCGACGCGUGGCCCUGCGGCACAGCGUGGCGCUCAUAGGCCUCGCCGCCGCCGCGCCUGCAUUGGGCGUCACCACGUGGUCCUUUCCACUCGUGUCGCUGCCCGUCAACGCAUACAUCACCCUGCUCGCCUUCCGAUUUUACAGGAAGGGUGACCGGGCUAGUGCCCGCAAACUAUUCUUCUGCAGCUUGUGGCACCUGCCCAUGCUGUUGCUACUCGCGCUCACGUGCAAGACGCCGCGCGACGAUGACACAGCUAGCACAAGCUAACGCAAUCGCGUGUAUGACGGACUCAUCACCAAGGAACAUUUUAAGGCCUCAGUGUUUCCACUGUAAAUAUGUAUUUAUUUAUAACAGGGCCCAGCACUACCUCUCUUGUAAAGCUGGGGUGUCAAACAGCCCACAUCGAAGGUAGGCCAUCUUAAAACCUUCAUUGACUGUACAGAAAAUGCUACAUUUAAUCACACAAAACUGUCAUAUGACCAUCAGUCUAAUGGAAGAAUCGUAAAUUCUUUUGAUUGGUUGAAACCAGAAUGUAGAUGGACUUGAAGAGGAAGGACGCAAAACUGAGAUGUUGAUUCAUCAUGUCUUGUAAUGAUGCCACUGUAGUUUCUAUGCAAACUAUGUUAAGACAUAACAUUUUAAACUAUUAAAAAAAAAAAA